UCUGUCACCUUCCACGUGGAGACCUGACUCCGCCCCUCCCCUGUUGAGGCUGUUCUCACUGCCAUGACAUUCUCAGUUUGUGACUAAAUGUUUAGAUCCGCAUCGAACCUUUUUUUUUUUUUGUGCGUGUUUAAAUGUAUACAAACAUUUCCCACCUCACAUGUUGACAUGACGUGAUGACAUCAUCAGCUUAUCGUAGCAUCAAGUAAGCCUUUGGGAAUGCUUCUAGUGUCCAGUAAUGGGACUGAAUAAAUAUGUAAGUUAUUUUAACUAGUACUGACUAGUGAGCAGUUAGCUGGAGGGUGUGGCGUCAGGACCAAUGCUGCAUUCCAGACUGUUGGCAGAAGAACAAAAACGUCCACUACAUCAAUAAGUGUGGUGUUGAGCAGUAGAGGUGAAUUCAAGUCCAUAUGGUAAAAUCUAGUAAGUUUAUACGAUAAGUGUGCACAUAAGUUAUACACUCGCCUCCAAAAGUUUGGGAAUGAGUAUGACCCAUAAAUACAAAGUCGUGUGUACUAACAGUCAAAAAUUUGAACACACUUUCCCCAUUAAGGAGCUGUACAUUUUUCAUGCCAUCUGCCCUGAGUUUCAUGAGCAGGAACGCCCAACUUUUGAGCGGCGUUCCAAUGCACUUUUCCCGGUCGCAGUUGGAAAAUGUAGUCGUUCCAAUUUCCUGGGAUGCAGCAUAUUUGUUAGUGAGCUUGCUGGCGCAGACAUGACCGAUCUUAGGCUGUCAUUUUGACUUAGGGGUUUGGGAAGCUGGGCAAUUCUAUUUGAAAACGUGUUAUAUGUUUUGAUAUGCAGUUUGAUAAAAGUUUGUUUCACAGAUGAACAUGACUGAACUUCCUACUGCUGGAACACAUUUGGAACGCAUGGAAAGCUUUGCUACAUCUCAUGAUGUUCAUAUGUGAAAUAAAAAGAUUUACUAUUGGUAAAUUCGUCUAUGCUUCCAAAUGUAGCAUCCAGUUUAUAUGUGAAAUGUUCAAGCUGAAUUGAAUAAUGUAUCAGUAAUAACUGAAUUUAACUUUUAGUCAUUUUAUUCAUUUAUUUUAUUUAUUCAAAAUAAAUCCCUUAUUAUACGCUGACGAAAAGCCUUUACGUAGUGACGUCACGACGUCAGCGCUGACUCCGCCUUCCAGGAGAAAGCGCACAUUCCUAUUGUCCAAGAUGGCGCCCAGAGCGCAGCUCCUCCGACGCUGAGCUGUUUUCAAGCAGCUUUCGGAUUUUCUUUCAAUGUUUGAACUAGCCUCGGCGCUUCGGGCCGGAAGUGUCGCUGCAGUAAAACCGUCUCUCUUAACCUGGUUCGGGCUAACACCGCCGGACGUCGCUCUCCAGCUAGGAUUCCUGUCGCCGCUACUGCCCCCCCCCCCGAGCUGAAGUCGGAGCUCCAUCCCCGCACCGACAUGAAGCGGCAGGCCGCCAGGGAGAGUCCGGCUAGGGCCGCCGCUCGGCGGCUCCGGGAGAGAGACCGGGAGAGCGGCCGCCGAGAGGAGCUUCCCCCGCCGCCUCCGCUUGCUCUGCUGCUUGCCGACAGCCGUGGCCAUCGACGGCGCAGUAGGAGCAGGGAGCGCGACAAGCCUCUUCAUCCGCGGCACGACGUCAGCGUGCUGGGCCGAACCACCCCCGCGCGGGACUACAAAACGCUGCUCAUCAGUAACCUGGGCCAGCAGGUCCCGGACGAGGACGUGGAGGACGCGCUCUUUCACGAGUUCAAAAAGUUCGGUGACGUCAGCGUCAAACUGUCGCACACACCCGAACUGGGCCGCAUUGCCUACGUGAACUUCCGGCACCCAGAGGACGCUAAGGAGGCCCGGCACGCCAAGUCAUCCAGGUUGGUUCUGGGAGAGAGGCAGCUCAAAAUCGAACCUGUGUACGUCAGGAGGCGGAGUGUGACACCCCCUGACGUCACUUACUUGGCGUACCGACAGAGAUCGCUCUCCCCGCCCGGACCCACACUCAGCCUCCGUGAGCUCCGAGCCCGCCACUACGCCCUGGAGAGUCUGAGCCGCGAAAGGCUCCUCGACUACUACGGCAUGCUGGAUGAGAGGGGCCGGCCUUACGGCUUCCCCCCGGCACCACUGCUGGACGACUUGAAGCCAGAGGACGACCAGCGGGCCACCAGCAACCUCUUCAUCGGGAACCUGGACGGUGGCGUGACUGAGGCUGAGCUGAGGCGAGGCUUUGACAAGUACGGUGUCAUCGAGGACGUGGUCAUCAAGCGUCCCGCUCGCGGGCAGGGCGGAGCCUAUGCUUUCGUCAAGUUCCAGAACCUGGACAUGGCCCACCGGGCCAAAGUGGCCAUGCAGGGCCGGCUGAUCUGUGGCAACCCCAUAAAGAUCGGCUAUGGCAAGGCCAACCCCACUACGCGCCUCUGGGUGGGCGGCCUCGGCCCGGCUAACUCGCUAGCCGCCCUGGCACGAGAGUUUGACCGCUUCGGAAGCAUCAGGAACAUCGACUACGUGAAGGGCGACACCUUUGCGUACAUACAGUACGAGAGUUUGGACGCGGCUCAGGCGGCGUGCACGCAGAUGAGGGGCUUUCCUCUGGGCGGUCCCGAGCGCCGCCUGCGAGUAGACUUUGCCAAAGUGGAGGAAAGUCCCGCUCGCCCCUUUCCUCCCAGCUACCAGCAACCCGUCCAGCUCCUGCCACCCUACGACCUCCUCGGGGAGGCGUACGGACGGCAUCGCAGCCUGGAGCGUGAGCUGAGGGGUGGAGCCAGAGUGUCCCCACCCUCCCACAGCCUCCCCUCCCAGAGGGAGCGAGAACGCACCCUGCUGGAGAGAGACUUCGCUGCCAGCCCCCCACGCGGCCCAGACAGGAGAGUUGGCGGAGUAGAGGCCUUCGGGAGGAGUGCCAGAGGGGGGCGGAGCCGCAGCCGAAGCCGGGAGCGCUGGCUGAAGGAGCGUGAGGAAAGGCGAGGUCGGAGGCGGAGCCACAGUCUAUCGGCCGAGCGCGAGAAGGGGAGGGCCAGAGCUCGCACAUCGCCCGACGCCAGCCCGGACAGAGCACGGGUUCGAGCCCCGGACUCAACGACGGAACCACGAGACCACUCCCCUGAUGGCGGUGUGGGUCGCUCAGCCCCCAAGGAGUCAGAAUCUCCGCCCACUCGCCACCACAGCAAACGGGCUUCUGCCGAGCAGGUGGACAACCACCACGCCCCCACCACCCUGUCUCCACCCCUCCCUACCAACGCGCCCUCCUCGUGUCCUGGCUCGCUGUCUGAGUUCGCCCGGUCGACACUGUCCAAGUCGUGGCGUGGCUUCUUUGCUCUGAAAAACAGCAGCUUCCCUACGGAGCUCUUCCUGCUGGAGGGCGGAGCCUCGUUCUUCGCUGGUGUCAUGCGGCACAACCGGGAGCAGCUAAAGAUCGCCCAGCGCCUUCGCAUGGAUCAGAGCCGCCUGGACGAGGUGUCACGGCGUGUCAAAUUGGGCCGGCCCGACGGGUUCGCCGUCCUGCUCGCUCUCCAGGGACCUGUGGACCGUCAAGCUCCUGCACCCGAGGCGGGGCUUCAGGUGCGCCUGCUGCGCCACCUGGUGGCCUACCUGCGCAACAAAGAAGCGGCUGGCGUGGUCAGCCUGCCCCCCGCCAAGGAGGGAGGCCCGAGCGCCAUGUUGUACGCUUUCCCACCGGGAGACUUCUCUGUGCAAUUCCUGCAGGCGGCCAAGAGGGCGGCGACCCGUCUGGAUGAGGAACACAUGGUGGUUGUCAUUGUUAACGACACUAAUUGACCUCAGUAGGAAGUCCAUGUGUUCCUAAUGAAAUGACUUCCAACAUAUUGUGGGCUUCUUGCCAUCGUAAAACACUACAUCAUCAUGACGGCGUCCUAAUGAACAUGAGGACAUUUUAUGUGGGUUUUUUUAACGCUAACAAACUUUUAUUUCCACCCCUACAUGCUGUAGAAAUGUGUCACGUCACACCUGAGAUGAAAAUGUGCUGUUUCCAUGGUAACCUUUUUAAUGGACAAACUAUGUUUUGAUGUAUUUGUUUUUAACAGUUGUCACGUAAAGAACUCUUUACUCCAACCCCGCCGUCAGUUUCACUUUUUACCACAGGUGAUGCUGUUGCACCGCAACACUGCUAGUCCACACAAACAUUCAACAUAAACAUUACGCCAUUAGUCCACAUGCUAAAGAGGAACAGCAAAUGAUAGCAUUAAAAUAUUUACGUUCAUGAAAGGCGUUUUUAACCUGUAGAGUUAUUGUGGGGGGGUUUUGCACAGUGAUGUGUUCUCCGUCAGGGGGUAUCAAACUGGGAGCAUGGACCCCUUACGGGAAACAACAUUUUACAAGGACCCCUGAAAAUCCUCAUGCUGAUUAACAGACAAACCUUGUGCCAUGUGUAGCAGAUGCCAUAGAAAUGACGUGAAAUUGCGAUUUUUAAGUAAGAAGUUCAAUUUUCUCGAGAAUGAAGCAUAAGAAGACGGACGGGAAUCCG